AUGCGGCGCGCGGUGACGGGGAACGCGGAUACGCGAGUGCGCGACUACGUCAAGAUUCCGCGCGUGAUACGACAGAUCGAUAAGGUGUCGUUUUGCGCGGGUGUGUAUGGGUUGAUGAUGACGGAAUACAUCGCGACGCGCGCGCCGGAGAAGUUUUGGUUGUUUUACGCGGUGGCGAUGCCGGGGGUGUUUUUGGCGAGAGCGGUGUAUUAUCGAAUGAUUCGUUGGCAAUACUUUUUGUACGAUUUCUGUUACUUUGCCAACGCCUCGGCGAUGAUGUUUCUGUGGCGAUGGAAGAAGAGCGCGACGGUGUUUCGGUGCAUCUUCGCGUUCGCGAACGGGCCGGUGUUGUUGGCGAUUCCGUUAUGGAGAAACUCGUUGGUGUUUCACAGCGUGGACAAGGUGUCGAGCAUUUUCGUGCACGCGAUGCCGUGCUUGAUGACUUGGUGCGGUCGGUGGUACGGGUUUGGGAACGAUGUGAAUAGGCUGAGUGUGCGAGAGUUGGGCGCGGACGUGAGCGUUCUCACGGGAUGUUUGGAUCUCAUGGUGUACCCGAUGUUCGCGUACUUGUUUUGGCAGGCGCUGUAUUUGGCAAAGACGGAACUCAUCGACAGAGUGAAGUUAGUGAGCGAUCCGGCGCUCAUGACUUCGCUGCGUUGGCUUGCGAGCGAUCGAAACUCAUCGGCGAAUAAAUACGCGUUGAAGAUGAUGCGCGGCAUCGGAUUGUUCGGCGCGGACGAGUUCUUCGACGCUGAAUCCAUCAAGACGAAAUUCGUCUUCGUCAUGCUCCAGCUCGGGUACACCAUCGUCACCUUCAUCCCCAUCCCGCUCUGUUACUCGAAUUACUACGCCCAUACCGCUCUCAUGUGGGCCGCGUUCGGGUCAUCGGUGUACAACGGCGCGGUGUAUUACAUCGACGUCUUUUCGCGCCGCUACGUCGAACGUCUCGCCAUGGCGGAAGAAUUAGAACGAGACUCACAAAGUCCCGGACUCUCCGAGUCCGAAAUCGAUCGAUUGAUGAUGACCCCGAUAGAUUGA